AUGGCCAUGGAGUGCUUCAUCCUCGCGUCCGGGCUGGCCAUGACCUACAUCGUCUGCAUCGGCAGCACGGCCAUGUUCGUCAUCGCUUUCAUCAACCUGGCGCGGAGCCCCCACAGCAAAGGCUCCAUCGUCACGUUCUCCUUCUUUCUCAUCUUCUGGGUCACCAUCGUCGCCGGUGUGUGCACGGUCAUGUGCAUCUUCAUCUUCCAGCAGCCGGCGGUGCGUCGGUGCCUGGCCUUCGCCCACGGGGCACUCCGUGGCGCGGGCCGACUUCUCUGCCCACCGUGUCGGUGCGCACGCGCCCGCCGAAACGCCGGCAGCGCUCUGCCGCAGUUUCUGGUACAGACAGAGAGUCACAUGUCCGUGCUGGCCCGGGAGCCACCGGUGCAUGGCGGCGCGCGGGUGGCGACAGCGUAUGACAUCCCGGCGUACGAGCAGCCGGAGGGCGGCGGCGGGUCGGAGUGCGCGGUCUGCCUCGGGGAGGUGGAGAAGGGGAACGCGGUGAAGCGGCUGCCGGUGUGCAUGCACAUGUUCCACCAGCAGUGCGUCGACCCGUGGCUCCACCAGCACUCGACGUGCCCGGUCUGCAGGUGCAACCUCUUCGCGCCGUUGCCGGCCCAAAUGGUAUGA